AUGCCACGCAGAAAAGCUAUUGUUAGUCCCAAGUUGAGCGCCAAGAAACGGAAGACAUGGGAUGUAGACCAUACGAAAAGGGCUGUUCAAGCGGUAAGAGAAAAAACUAUGGGUACUCUAAAGGCAGCUAAAACUUAUGGCGUUCCAAGAACUACAGUGCAGCGAUUGGCCAAAAUGGACCAUCUUAGCGUGGAGGAGGCUGUUCAGAUCAAAUUAGGGCGAGGUACAGUUUUGACUCCAGAAUUGGAAGAAUCAUUAGUUCGCUAUAUUCUUGAAAUGGAAGCCAAGUUCUAUGGUUUAACCCGCAAAGACGUUAAACGUAUGGCAUUUUACUUAGCAGAAGAAAACGGCAUAAGGCAUCCUUUUGGGAAUACACAAACAGCAGGAAGGGGCUUUUUAGAUCUAUUUUUGCAAAGACACAAAAUUUUGUCGGUUAGAAAACCUACUGGGACAUCAUUUGCACGUGCCAAAGGGUUCAACAAAGAGAGUGUGGACAACUUCUUUACACUUUUGGAGAAAGCAUAUGAAGACCACAAUUUCCCAGCUAAUCGCGUCUUUAAUGUAGAUGAGACUGGUCUAACUGUUGUGCAAAAUAAAGUGGCUGAAGUGGUUGGUCGUAAGGGCAAAAAACAAAUUGCAUCUUUAACAUCAUUAGAAAGGGGGUCUUUAAUCACUUUGAUUACCUGCAUGAAUGCAGGGGGAGACUUCGUUCCACCGAUGCUCAUAUUUCCUAGAAAAAAUAUGAAUGUGCAAUUAAUGAAAGGCACUCCUCCAGGAUCAAUAUCAACAGUUCACCCAAGUGGAUGGGUUCAGGCCUCAUUAUUCGCCCAGUGGUUCGAACAUUUCAUCAACACGGUAAAACCAACUGCAUCUUCACCUGUUCUUCUAAUUUUAGAUGGACAUUAUAGUCAUACCCGUAAUUUAGAGGUUGUUAUUAUGGCGAGAGAAAAUCAUGUUUGCAUAAUCUCAUUACCCCCUCAUUCAACACAUAAAUUGCAACCUCUUGACAAAACUUUCAUGGGUACAUUAAAAUCUUACUACAGCGAAGAGAUUAGACAAUGGAUUCGUCAUAAUCAUCGUCCCUUAACCCAAUAUGAUAUGGGCGAACUUUUGGGAAGGGCUUAUCUCAAAAGUCAGACUGGAGAAAUCGCCGUAAAAGGAUUCCGCCUUACUGGAAUUUUUCCGAUUAACAGGAAUAUUUUUUCCGAAGUGGACUUUCUUGCAGCCGAAAUAGAAAAAGGAACAGAACACUGUACCGCUGAAAAUGACUUCGAUCAGAGCACACUGGGCACAUCUCAAUCAGAUCUAGAGCCUCCUAGUCUAGACAACGUUCAACCCGGGCCAAGUGGUAAAUUUCAAUCUGAUGUAGAGCUACUCAAUCACGACAGCGUUCAGCCUGGACCAUCUGGGAUCAAAAAAAAAUGGGGUAGGAAAGCAUCACAAGCAGCAGUAAUUACUUCGUCCCCUUACAAAGAUGAAUUAUUGUUGAGCACUGCCAAUAAAAAUAAACAAAAGAUUAAAUCUAUUAAAAAAAAGGUGUUUUCUCAAUCAACCAAAAAGAGAUCGUCCAUAUCUUCGAAGGAGAAUAAAAAGCAGCAAUCUUUAGGAGAAUCUGAAAGUGAUGACGAUGAAACAGAGCUGAUGUUAGCAGAUGAUGACUUAGAUUUGGAUGAUCUGCCUGGACAAAAGGAACCAGAUGAUUUAGAUGCGGAAUGCAUCUUUUGUGAAAGUAAAUUUUCCGAAGACCGCAAAGGAGAACUAUGGGUUCAAUGUUUAAUGUGCAAUAUGUGGUGUCAUGUCGAUUGUGCAGGUGCUGAUAAAGAUGAUUAUGUUUGUGACUUUUGUCGCACUGGAUAA